UUUUCGAAAAGAUAAAAUAAAAAUUAAAGAUAAAAGAAAGUCAAGUAUGUAAAUAAUAAAAGAAAAUGUGAUGGAAAAAUACAUUUUGAACACAGUUCGAGCAUUUGGUUCCCAUGGCAGUGUUUGUGACGGAAACACGCACAACACGCCAUCUAGCGGUGACUGCGCGUCACUGAAUAAUGCAGCUCAGUCAACUCACAACACAACUGCUAUCUCUUAUGUGCGGAGAAGACACAAUAAACACCGCAAUAUGGUUACAACUUAUUAACAUUUAUUUUUUCCCCUGUGUUUGAAGCCUGCUGCCCGGACUCUUGUGCCAUGUGGAAAUAUUACAAAAAUGGAGUUGUACCGAAAAGAAACAAGCAGAAAUUGGAGAAUGAAGUCGUCAGCCUCCCUCCCAUUUCUAAUGGGAUUCCCGCAAAGUCAGCAGUUGGCCUACUGGAUCACCACACCAUGGGACAAACCACAGCCCAUAGACUACAAAAACUGUUCUUCUUCUCUCAGGGCCUGAGGGACCCCGGGCCCCUGGACAGAACCGUCAGGAAGAAGAAAAACAUUUUAGGCCACCAGAGUGUUCCAUUAUCCAGAGUGAGUGUGGAAACAGAGCUGGAAAUCACUGCACACCUUAAACACCAUUUGCAUCAGCGUCAUUUAAAGGGAACCUCUCAGAAUUCGUCUCUUGAGGAGAAAGAAGCUGCAGUGUUCCAGCAAACAAAAACUAUUGUGUUCAAGGACCAGGUUUCGUCAAACGCUCCUCGUGAUCUCCUGCAGAGCCUUGUGCCACUAUACCAGAAAGAGAAAGAAGAAAAAGAAUACAAAAAGGAAAAGAAAGAGGGAACAGUAAAUGUUCAAAAUGCUUCUUCAUGUUCAGACGAGGCCCCGGAGGGCCAAGGCUCUCUGUCUGAGGGACCAUUCAGAGCCGCGGGUGGUGACUACAAACAAAGAUCAGAUGCAAGAGAUCAAAAACUGCAAGACCGUUCUUCUCCAAACACCUUACAUGACCACAAUAUUUCAUCAUUACAUUUUAAACAAAGGAGAUUCAUGAUCUAUCUGUGCGGUGGAUAUAAAGAUACCGUCCCGGAGCGCAGUGCACUGAUGGAGAGUGUGUAUCCACGGCUGUAUCUACACUGUAAGCAGAGAGGAUAUGAUUUCAGGAUGAUAGACCUGCGUUCAGGAGUCGGAGAUCCUGUUUCGGAAAAUCACGAUUUGGCAGAGAUGCACAUGGAGACACUUAGACGUUGUCAGGAGACUGAGGGGCCAACUUUUAUUGUGUUCACUGGACAGAAGCAUGAGAUACGGUCACUGCCGAAUACGAUUCCUCUUGCAGAUUUUGAAGCUAUUUUAAAAUUCAUUGAGAGAAGCAAGAAGAAGCUGUCUAGGAGGCAGUCAGACAUGGCAGAUGAGUCACAGCUCAGUAUAGACACCGCUGACAGUGGGAGUCUUAAACUGGAGAAGGAACCCCGUUUGUUAGAGAAGGAGCCUUCGCAAAGUUCUGCCGUCAUGAGCGAGAACUCUAUCUCCAGCAGUUCCACGUCAGAUGGAGACGAGAUACAGCUGGCCAGGAGCUGGAUGGACUAUGACCAGGAUGUGACUCUCUUGCAGACAUGGUAUAAGCUGGAUAAAAACACAAUUCCUGCUGUGUACCGCUUACUUCCUGUCAGCACACAUCACCCUGACUACCUCAGUCGGGAUGGGCAUCGCAGGAAGCUGGGAAGGAAGGCAUGGCGCACUUCCUGUGUGAAGCUGUGGAAUGUGCUGUGGCGAUCUGGACCUGAGGCCAUUGGAGAAGAAGCCACCUGGCAUCUGCUUAAAACAGGCAUGAGUUUUGCUGUCAUAAGGACGUUUUAA